AUGACAAAACGCAUCCUUUUUGUUUUCACAUCUGCAAACCAAACUCUCACAGGUGCCAGCACGGGAUGGUACCUUCCUGAAGCCGCUCAUCCUUACUACAUUCUCGCGCCUCAUUUCACUAUCGAUUUUGCCUCUCCUGCGGGUCCCAAUCCACCUGUGGAUGAAUACAGCGUCCAGACGUUCCCAGACGACAUAGGCAAAUUCCUUGAAAAUUCCGAGGUCCAGAAGAAGCUCUCGACAACUAAAAAGCUUUCUGAGGUUAAUCCCGAUGAUUACGAUGCGAUUUUCUAUGUAGGGGGCCAUGGUCCUGUCUUGGAUCUGGCAGUGGAUCCUGUCAAUAUCAAGCUUGCAUCUCAAUUCUAUCGUACUGGAAAAUUGGUCGCCGCUGUUUGCCACGGACCAGCUGCCCUUGUUGGCGCCACCGACGAGUCUGGCAAAUCCAUCUUUGCUGGCAAAGCUUUCACUGGCUUUUCAAAUGUCGAGGAAGAGCAGGUCGGCAAAGUGAAGGAUAUACCGUUCUUGCUGGAAGACAAGAUCUCCAGUCUUGGGGGUAAAUACGAGAAAGCAGCAGAACCUUGGGGGCCCAAGGUCGUCGUUGCUGGUAACCUAAUCACAGGGCAAAAUCCGGCUUCAGCUCAUCCCAUCGGAGAGGCCAUUCUCCAAGCCUUGCAGAAAUAA